AUGGAGACGACAACAGAGACGCUGCAAAACACCCGUUUGGAAGAUAAUCGGGAUGAUGAGUUUGAGAGCAAACUACGCGACCUCCUGUCCCGUGUCAGGAAAGUCGACUUGACGGCUCUCAACCUCAGAGCCGAGAAGUCGUCUUCCAAAAGCAUCCCCGCCGUUUUGCUAUGCUACGCCGAGGCGUUGAGAGAUGCGCGUCAGACGCCCGAAGCCGAAGCGCUGGACCAGGUGCGCGAGAAGGCGCUCGAUAAGAAAGCCUUUGGUGGCCUCGGUCUGCGUCAGGAUGACGACGACAGCACCGCUACUCCUGCUCAGCAGUCAGAGACCCUCUUCCUGGUCGAGGCGUGGCUCGAAGCCAUCAACUCCAGAGAACGGGCACAAAACUUCUUGUCGUAUAGGACCUCCCCGGUGGAAGGCACGAGACCUAUGACUCUGGCGCAGAAGAUCUUUGCUCAGCACGUGAUUGGGGAGAAACCAUCAAAGGGGCUGACGGCGGGCGACGUCGUGAGGGUCGGGAUUGACUGGAUCCUGGCGUCCGAAUUGUCCUGGAGUGGCAUGGCCCGGACAUGGAGACGUCUAGGCUCUCCGGGAAUCUGGCGCAACGACCGGUUCUGGCUGGCCGGCGACCACGUCGUCCAUCCGGCGGUGGCGCAGAACCCCAAGAUCAAGACCCUGGUCGAGAUCUCAGAAAAGGCAAAACGGGAGUUCAAGAUGACAGAGUACCAGGGCAUGAAUUACACCAUCAUGCAUACAGAGUUUGUCCGAGAACGUAUCGAGCCGGGCAUGCUCGCCAUCGGCUCCGACUCGCACACCUGUUCUGGCGGCGCCGUGGGCUGUCUAUCAAUUGGACUCGGCACGGCGGACGUGAUGAUGACUUUGACGUUGGGAGAGACGUGGUUUAAGAUCCCCGAGUCGGUUCUGAUCGAGUUCGUCGGUCAGCCCGCCUUUGGCAUGUCCGGCAAGGACGUCAUCCUCUAUAUCCUCGGCGAGCUGAAGCGCAACACCGUUGCUGCGGAGCGCAUCGUCGAGUUUUGGGGUGAAGGUCUCAAGUACCUCUCCGUUGACGCGAGGUUUGCCAUCUCAAACAUGUGCACCGAAUUCGGCGCCAUCACGGGCAUCUUCGUCCCCGAUCGCAUCACAAGCGACUACAUUGCCCGGCGGCGAAGGAAGGCCAACCGCGUCAACUCGCUCUACUUCCGCCCCGACGCCGACGCACCUUACGCCGGUAGGUACACCAUCGACCUCUCGAAAGUCGAGUCGUCCGUGGCAGUUUAUCCGAACCCGGACGACGUGGUCCCCGUCUCGCAGAUGGCCGGCAAGCAACUCGACGGCGUCUUCAUCGGCGCCUGCACCACCACCGAGGAAGAGCUGGUCCUCGCCGCGCUGGUCCUGAAAGUCGGCCUAGAUAGGAAAUUGCCCCUGGCAAAGGGCAAGAGACACUAUGUGCCUGGAUCAUUGCCUAUCGUCGAGAAGCUCAAGGACCUGAAGCUCCUCGAGAUAUACGAGGCCGCGGGCUUCACGCGUGGUCCGCCGGGGUGUUCGUACUGCGUGGGUCUCUCGGCUGAGCACGCCGAUGAAGGGGAGACUUGGUUGAGCUCGCAGAAUCGCAAUUUCCAGAACCGCAUGGGCAAGGGUGCAUUCGGCCACAUCACAUCCGCAAUGGUCUGCGCUGCCUCGAGCUUCAGUAUGUCCAUCACCAGUCCCGCGGAGUUUCUCAAGGACCUGGACAUGGACUUCUUCCGACGGUACCGUCCUCUCCCUGAGGUUGAUAUGGUUCCGGUGGAAUACGUCGAGCCGGAUCUCAGCCAGGCAUCGAGCGAUGCUGUGCAGACGAACGACAACAGCAGCAGCAGUGCACCCACCAGAGCCACGACCACCACGAAGUCUUCACUCCCGGACGCGGAUGCGGAAGCCGAGCCGGCGAGAAAGCUGGACAAGAUCACCAGCAAGAUCGUCACGCUGGGCGACUUUAUUGAUACGGACGCGCUCGCUCCAGGUCAUACUCUGACUUCGUGCGUGACCGACGAGGACUUUGGCGAGCACGUCCUCGAGCACACACACCCGGACUUCCGGGCAAAAGUGCGCGGCGGGCAGCAGGUCGUGGUGGCUGGGCAUGCGUUUGGCGUGGGAUCGAGUCGCGAGAUGGCUGUGGGUGCUUUGAAAGGCGUGGGCGUCCAAGCCGUGAUAGCCCGCUCAUUCGCCUUCAUCUACGGUCGCAACCAGCCCAGCCUGGGCCUCUUGGGCGUCACAAUGACGGACGACGCGUUCUACGAAGCGGCCCAGGAGGGGAAGGAGAUCACGCUGGACAUCCCCGCCCGCACCAUCACGGUCUCUGGAAAGACGUUCCCCUUCAAGUUGUCCGAGAUGGAGUACAACCUCACAAUCAAUAACGGCGUCGCUGAGAGUUAUCGUAAGUUUGGCAAGGGCAUCUGGGAGCGGUUCACGGGUGCGGGGAAAGAAGAGGUCGAGAUGUCCAUCGUCAGAGCGGCGGUGCAGGGCGGUGGAGAGGAAGGUAAGGUAGUGGAUAGGAAAUUGGACUGGUAA